GAGAGUUUAGAGUAAAACUCAUCUGCUCCACGGACACCGACAGACCUCAGGAAAGAGCUCCGACACCCGAGAAAAGCCAUGAAGAUGCUGGCGCUGCCUCUGCUCAUCACCAUUUUGCACAGUCCUGUCAGUUUAUCAGUGACAGUAAGCAGCAGUAAACCCAAAGUGGAGGUUCACGAGCACACUGACGCUGUGCUGUCCUGUGAGUUCAAGACAGAGAAAGAUCAGAACCCUCGAAUCGAGUGGAAGAAGAAAGGAAAGGGGGUGACUUUUGUUUACUUUAAUCACAAAUUCACAGGGUCUUACGCUGGACGGGCUAAGAUAGAGGGAGCGACGCUGACGAUACACUCCGUCACUCAGAAAGAUUCAGGGGAGUACCGCUGUGAGGUGACAGCCAGCGAGGAUCACGUCAACCUCGGAGAGGCCACUGUGACACUUAAUGUUCUUGUGCCGCCUCAUGUCCCUUCCUGCAACGUGCCAAGCUCUGUGUUUGUAGGGUCAGGCCUGGAGCUUCUCUGUAAGGACAAACUGAGUGUGCCUCCCGCUACCUACCGCUGGUACAAAGACAACAAGGCACUAACAGCCACGGGAGAGACUCCUUACAGCAUUGACACAAACAAGGGCACACUGAAGUUUAAAAGUGUGUCCAAGGUGGAUGCAGGGAUGUAUCGCUGUGAGUCCUCCAACAGUGUGGGGGCGCCCAAGAGCUGUGUGGCCCAACAACUCAAAGUUAUUGACUAUCCUUUGAAUAUGACGAUUUUAAUAGCAGGUGCUGCAGGUUUGGCAGCGUUCAUGCUUUUCUGCUGCAUCUGUGUGUGUGUCUGCCGACACCGAGGCUGCUGCAAAAAGAGCAAGAAAACAAAAAGCACCAAGUCCUACAACCCUCCUCCUCCUCCCACCCGCAAUCUCAAGCACUACAAACAAACUCAGUCCUUCAUGAUCUGAGGGCGAAGCCUUCUUCCUCUUUGACAUCAAACCAUCCAAAAAACCAAAGUAACUGCAGUUACUGCUCAAAACACCGGGAGGUUGAUCGACUGUCGCCUGCUCGAUGCCGUCUGGGAUGGAGAUGAAGAUCGAGGCCUCUUGAAACGUCAAGCAAAAGCAAAGACGUGAAAUACUUAGCAACAGGUUUGCUGCUUUGUAAAUAAAAUAACGCACUGACAGUUUAAAGGUAGCUCAAGCACACGUCAAAAUGUAUGACUUUACCACUUUAUCAAAUGCUGUGUAACUGUUUUCACGAUGUUCUUUGUCUUCAGUGUUUCAAAACACUUCUAAAAUCGGUUUUCCACCUUUACUUGGAGAACGUUCUGGCUCUUUAGUCCCACCUACUGGUCAGGAACUAACCACCCACAGUAUUACUGCAUACACUAAACCAUAGAUCGAAUCCUUCUUCCUGGUUUCACUUAAUAUUACAUAUAGAGAUACUAUUAUAUAUGUCGUUAUCUUUCUCUUCGUGUUUUUACAUAUUUUUCUAAACCUAUUUGUGAGCCGAUCUCUUCUGUAUUUUUAUAUCUUUGGUUGUAUUUGCUUAAAUUCUGAUCAUAUAAAUUGAGUGAGAGAUGAACAGGUGUCUGCACACACUGAAUGACGUUUUGGAAGCUUUGUAAAUGUUUUGUACUCAAAUCUUGUGAUGACUUUAAUCCAAUAAAGAAAGGAUAAGAAA